AUGAUCAUGUCGGUGACCCCGACGCAGAGCAGCGAGCCGGCUGCGAGGCAGAUGAGCGCGUCCGUGGCCGGGCCCUCCAGCGCCUCCGCGAGGCCCUCCCCGAGGAAGAUGCCGACCGUGCCGCUGAGAGCGAAGAGGACGUUGCCGAUCCACCACCACCUGGGCUCGACCGCGGGAAGCAGCGCGCUGCCGACCGCGAAGGCGGCGAAAAACUUGUGGACCAUGAUCGCGCCGAGGAUGACCAGCGACGCGGCCACGCCCGCGGCGAUGCCCUCCAGGAAGGAGUGCAGGAAUAUCCCAGACAGGACGCUAGGGCGGUGA